AAAAGAAAACCAAACUAGUUCCUACAUGAGCUUUAACUUUAAACCGGUUUCGGCUUUUGUACACCCGUUUUGUGUUUUUUCCUACAUAAUAAAUUAUUAACUGUUUGCAGCGGUUACAUGUGCCAAAAAUCGUUUGAUUAUACAAGCCUGUUUCUAUUAUUAUUUGUAUUUUGUUCGGAUUUGCCGAAACAUUUGAAUAUUGAUAGAAGCAAUUAGCGCCGCCGCACACAGGGGAGGCCCCCCGUGGUGAUUGAAAAGUGAGAGUUGAUCGCCAAAAGGCGGAGAUAGACCGAACAGUUGUUCGCCAAGCAGCCUAGCCAGCGGACGUGUUCCUCCCCGAAGAAUCAAAUCUAAUCGAAGAAUCCAAAAUGAAUCGCUCGAUUCUGGUGCUGGUACUGGCCCUCAUCUGUCUGGGAUCCGUCUCGGCAUUUCCCCAACUGAGGCAGCGAAACGAGAAGCAGGUCCAGACGGCGGAGGAUGAGUUGCCCACAAAGGGAGCCACUAUUGAGGAAGUGGUCGUGGAGUCCGCUUUGUACAUUAAACCAAAGUCCAACCCUCAGGUGAGGCGUGUGCGGUCGGCCGAGGACCAAGGACUGAGCAUCUACAGCACCCACAAGCGCGUGAAGCGCCAGUUCGGAAAUCCCGGCUUUGGUGGCCAAUAUGCUGGAAAUCCUGGAUUUGGAAACGGAUUCGGCGGAAAUCCCGGCUUCGGAGGUGGAUUCGGUGGUAACCAGGGAUUUGGAGGCGGCUUUGGUGGUAAUCAGGGAUUCGGAGGCAGCCACCGUGGAAACCAAGGCGGUAAUGUCGAGGCUGGCACUUCAGCCGGAGCCGGAGGAACCAAGGCAGGCGUUGAUGUGGGUGCCGGACCCAAUGGCGGUAAUGCCAACGCUAAUGUCCAGCUGAAUCCGCUUGGACCCCUCGGACCCAACGGCUACAACCAAGAACAGGCUGCCUCCAACGGAGCUGCUCACAGCAACUACAACAACGGUCUGAACUCAGGAUCGUCCGCAGCCAGCGGACAGGCCCAGGGCUUCCAGUCGCAGAGCGCCAACGGCUCGUUCGGUGCCUCCUCCGCCAGCACAGCUACUCAGUCGCAGAACUUCGGACCCUUUGGCCCCAGCAACGCCGCCGGAGCCUCCUUGAGCCAGGUCUAUCACCUGCCCAAUGGCCAGACCAUCGACUUUAGCUCGACGAACAGUUUCGCCAACGGAGGAGCCAACAGGGGCAGCAGCCACGGAUCGGCGGUGUCUGUGAGCCGCUAGAACUACGCAUCCACAUGGAGAAUAGUGUACCUCCUUAAUAACCAGUCGCAAAGUUGUGGAAAAUUUAAAAAAUGUGCUAAUAAAUAUUUAUGAUCAUGA